UUCUUCUCCAGGGCCUGAUCCGGAGCUGGGAGCAGUUUCCAGGCCCCGUCCCGAGCCUGCCACGGAGCCCUUGCGGCCGGAGGGUCCCGGGCCUGUCCGGUGCCGAGGAUGUUCCCGCAGAACCGGCCCCCGGCCCAUCUCCAGGCACCCUCUGCUGCCUCGGGAGCCGCUGUUGCUGCCAGCGCCAUCCCCAGCACCCCCCAGUCCCUCAAGCUGACUUACCCAGAGACCUUGGAUCGCAUCAAGGAGGAAUUCCAGUUCCUGCAGAACCAAUACCACAGCUUGAAGUUAGAAUGUGAAAAGCUGGCAACAGAAAAAACAGAAAUCCAGCGUCAUUAUGUCAUGUACUACGAGAUGUCCUAUGGCCUGAACAUCGAGAUGCACAAACAGACGGAGAUCGCCAAGCGGCUCAACGUGAUCUGUGCCCAGCUCAUCCCGUUCCUGUCUCAGGAGCACCAGCAGCAGGUGGUCCAGGCUGUGGAGCGAGCGAAGCAGGUGACUAUGACCGACCUGAACGCGGCCAUCGGGCACCAGCUCCAGACCCAGCACCUCUCGCACCACGCUCCCCCCAUCCCGCUGACCCCCCACCCCUCUGGAAUGCAGCCCACCGGCCUCGCUGGCAUCAGCAGUGCCUCAGGGCUGCUGGCGCUCUCGGGGGCACUGGGGGCCCAGGCCCAGCUCCUCGCCAAGGAGGACCGAGGAGUCCAUGACACGGAGCCCAGGGCGACAGACCGAGACCCUGGCCCCAGCUCCCUGGCACUGUCAAACGGGGAGCGCGCACGAGCCAUCGCUGAGUACCUGAGCAGCAGCAAGAAGAGGAAGGUGGAGGAGAAGGACUUUGUUACAGACUAUGGCAGCGAUGCAGACAAAAGUGAAGACAACUUGGUGGUGGAUGAGGACCCCUCUUCCCCGCACAGUGUCCACUCCUACUCAUCCCGGGAGAACGGGGUGGAGAAGGUCCCGCUGGGCAGGAAGGAGGCCGUGCCCCUCAGUCCGACCUCCAUGGCCUCCUCCAGCAGCACGUCCCCAUCUCGGAGCAAGGAUGCGCCCACGGUGGAGAAGGCAGGGACGCCCAGCCUGAAGUCCAGCACCCCCACAUCCCAGGGUGACACCCUGCCAGGCUCCAGCAGUGCCCAGCAGUUCCGCCCCGCCGCCGCCAAGGUCCCCGUGGACCCCCUGGCCCUGGGCCUGAGGAAUCCUCUGGGAGUGCAGAGCCCCUACUCAGCCGCCUUCGGCUUGGCCCACCCUGCGGUCAACGGGGACGUGGCCGGGACUGGCGCCUACGCCGGCCUCCACCUCAUGUCCCCGCAGCUCAACGGGGCUGCGGCCGCCGUGGGAACCGGCGGCUACGGGCGCUCGCCCCUGGUGGGCUACGACCCGCACCCCCACAUGCGCGUCCCAGGGCUGGUGACCGGAAUGCAAGUGGGGACCUCGGGGAAGCCUGCCUACUCCUUCCACGUCAGCGCCGACGGUCAGAUCUUCUCCCUGGGCUACUGCCCGAUGGGAGAGUGGCUGGCGGUGGGGAUGGAGAGCAGCAACGUGGAGAUCCUGCACGUCACCAAACCCGACAAGUACCAGCUGCACCUCCACGAGAGCUGUGUCCUCUCUCUCAAAUUCGCCUCCUGCGGGAAGUGGUUUGUGAGCACGGGGAAGGACAACCUGCUCAACGCCUGGCGGACGCCCUACGGAGCCAGCAUCUUCCAGUCAAAGGAAACCUCCUCCGUCCUCAGCUGCGACAUCUCCACGGACGACCAGUUCAUCGUCACCGGCUCAGGGGACAAGAAAGCGACAGUUUACGAGAUCAUUUACUGAGCCCAAGAGGUGCCAAGUGCAGGACAGGCAGGUGUCCACGUGGAUGGACAGGUGGACUCUACCUGCCCUGCUGCUGACUUCCCAAAGAACGUGCAGCCAGUGGCUGCGGCAUCCCAGCUGGAGGAGAGCGGAGAGGGGUGGAGGUGACCCUGGGGCUGUGGCCAGGCAUGGUGCAGGCUGCUGCUCGGGGUGGAUUUCCUGGGGACUUUCUCCUUGUUUUGUUCUUUGUGGGUUUCUUUCUAAAUCUAGACUGUGGGAGUUGGAGAAGCGGGGGGAGGUCUGGCAUUGUUAGGGGUUUUGUUU